UUCCGGCCGCCGCCGCGGAAGCGGGUGCGGCGGGAGCUAUCGGCAGCCGCCCGGGACUCUCUUCGCCUCCUCUUCCUUUCCCCUCUCCCUCCCUCCCUCCCUCUCUCUCUUUCUCUCUCUCCCUCCUUCUUUCCCUUCCUCCUUCUCUCUCGCUCUCUCUCUCUCUCGCCCUCUCGCCAUGUCGGAGAGCGCAGAGGGUCCGUCAGGGGGUCGCGGACCCCCGGAUUCUUCCAGCCGGGGCUCCGGCGCUGAAGAACCGCGAAUCAUCAAAGUCACAGUGAAAACUCCCAAAGAGAAGGAGGAGUUCGCAGUGUCCGAAAGCAGCAGCAUCCGGCAGUUCAAGGAAGAAAUCUCUAAGCGUUUCAAGUCGCACACCGAUCAGCUUGUGUUGAUAUUUGCUGGAAAAAUUUUAAAGGAUCAGGAUACUUUGACUCAGCAUGGAAUUUAUGAUGGACUCACUGUUCACCUGGUUAUCAAAACACAAAACAGAUCACAAGACCACCCAGCUCAACAAGCAACCACUGCUGGGAGUACUGCUACCACAUCAACAUCAAGCAGCAGUACCUCAACACCAGCUUCAACAAAUAGUAACCCUUUUGGCUUGGGUGGCCUUGGAGGUUUGGCAGGUCUGAGCAGCCUGGGCUUAAAUACAGCAAACUUUUCAGAGUUGCAGAGUCAGAUGCAACGGCAACUUAUGUCCAAUCCAGAAAUGAUGGUUCAGAUAAUGGAAAAUCCAUUUGUUCAGAGCAUGCUUUCAAAUCCUGACCUGAUGAGGCAGUUAAUUAUGGCUAACCCUCAAAUGCAGCAACUGAUACAAAGAAAUCCAGAAAUCAGUCACAUGCUGAAUAAUCCAGAUAUAAUGAGACAGACACUAGAACUUGCUAGAAACCCUGCAAUGAUGCAGGAAAUGAUGCGAAAUCAAGACCGAGCCUUGAGCAACCUGGAAAGUAUACCGGGUGGAUACAAUGCCUUGCGACGUAUGUACACAGAUAUUCAGGAGCCAAUGUUGAAUGCUGCACAAGAACAGUUUGGAGGUAAUCCAUUUGCUUCUUUAGUAAGCAGUGCAUCAACAGGAGGUGACAGUCAGCCAUCUCGUACUGAAAAUAGAGAUCCUCUACCAAAUCCCUGGGCUCCUCAUUCUAGCUCACAGAAUUCCACAACAAAUACCAGCACCAGUGGUGAGAGUGGUAGCAAUGGUAGCACUGGAAAUACCACCUCUGGCAGUACCGGACAAAACUCAGCUGCACCUAGUGUGGGACCUGGACUAGGAGCUGGUAUGUUCAACACACCAGGAAUGCAGAGCUUACUACAGCAGAUAACAGAAAAUCCACAACUUAUGCAGAAUAUGUUGUCUGCACCCUAUAUGAGAAGCAUGAUGCAGUCAUUAAGCCAGAAUCCUGAUCUUGCAGUACAGAUGAUGUUGAAUAAUCCUUUAUUUGCGGGAAAUCCUCAACUUCAGGAACAAAUGAGACAACAACUUCCUACUUUCCUUCAGCAAAUGCAGAAUCCUGAUACGUUAUCAGCUAUGUCAAACCCUAGAGCAAUGCAGGCUUUGCUACAGAUUCAGCAGGGCUUGCAGACACUAGCAACAGAAGCACCUGGGCUUAUACCGGGAUUCAGUCCUGGCUUAGGCGGAUUGGGAAGUACUGGAUCUCCCGCAGGGUCCACUGCACCUAGUUCUGUUCCCAGUGAAAACCCAAGUCUAGCAGAAACUGCUGAACCUGGUCAUCAGCAGUUUGUCCAGCAGAUGUUGCAGGCCCUUGCUGGUGCAAAUGCUCAGCUUGAAAUUUUGUUCUUAGCAGUUGCAAAAUCCAGAAGUUCGAUUUCAGCAACAACUGGAGCAGCUGAGCGCAAUGGGAUUCCUGAACCGUGAAGCAAACUUACAAGCGCUAAUAGCAACAGGAGGAGACAUCAAUGCAGCUAUUGAAAGGCUGCUUGGCUCUCAGCCUUCAUAGCAGUGUUUCUUUAACUUGAAAAUAUGUAAUUUAUUUUUGAUAACAGCUCUUAAAUCUUUAAAAUAUUUGCUUUAUUUCAUUCUGACUCUUGGGAUUGUCUUGUUAUAACUAAAAUCAGUCUGAUGCAUUUUAAGGUGGAGUGCAGUAGUUUUCUUCAAGCAGUGGGAAUCAAUGCAUUUUCACUCUGCAUGCAUCUCACUUCUUUUGUUAUGCAUUAUUUGUGAUUUUUUUUUAUUUUUUUUUUUUAAACUAUCAGCUUUCACAGUUGAGUGAACAGGUUUUGUCUGACCUGCAACUGUCCACUUCAUUUAAUGCUUAAACAUUAGCCUUCAGUAGUAAUUUAUGUAGAAUACAAAUAAAAAGGAAACAAGUGAAGAUGCAGUUUGUGGGUACCAAUACUGCUUGUUGUGAUUUUGGCAUCUAUUUUUUUUUUUUUGCUAGCAAAAUGCUGUAAGAUUUAUACCACUUAAGUAAUUACCAUUUUUUGCUUUAAUUUGUAUAAACACAAUAUGUACCAUGGAGACAGCUCAUUUCUUGAGAUUUACACAUUGCAGUAGAAUGAGAUUGCAAGUAGCGCAAAAAAGCCAGGGGAUAAAAAAAAGAAGCUAUAAGACAUGUGCCCUUCCCGCAUCUUUGGUAACUAUCUCAACAAAAAAUGCCUAAGCAAGUUCAGUUAAAAUAUACUAGAAUUACUGUUCUAGUUAUCUCUUUACAUCUAACAGUACAGAAACUUGCAUUGUAACAUUGUCUAAAUAUUCACAAAGAUUAACUGUAAAUUACCUUUAUCUGUGCAAAUUAGAGGGGCACUGCCUGGUGCUCUGGAACUGCUUCUAAGGCUUUUUGGCUUGUUACAUUGAGAUUCUAAUGUAUUCUGAUUUGUAAUUGGAAACAUUACUUUCAUUCAUGGUCAUGUGAUAAUCUACCUACAUUUAACCAUCAUGUAAAAAAUACUGUAUAUCUUUUGAGGUUUUAUUGGUAGUUACUUCUCUUGUGCACAGGUAAUGAAUUAAUUAAAAAAUCUUUAAGCA